AUGAUCAGCUCGGUGUGUGUCUCCUCCUACCGCGGGCGUAAGUCGGGGAACAAGCCUCCGUCCAAAACAUGUCUGAAGGAGGAGAUGGCCAAGGGCGCGGCGUCGGAGAAGAUCAUCAUCAACGUGGGCGGCACGCGACAUGAGACCUACCGCAGCACCCUGCGCACCCUACCGGGCACCCGCCUCGCCUGGCUGGCUGAUCCCGACGGCGGGGGCCGGCCCGAGUCCGAUGGCGGAGUUGUGGGCAGCAGCGGCGGCGGGGGCUGCGAGUUCUUCUUCGACCGGCACCCGGGAGUCUUCGCCUACGUGCUCAACUAUUACCGCACGGGCAAGCUGCACUGCCCCGCCGACGUGUGCGGGCCCCUCUUCGAGGAGGAGCUCACCUUCUGGGGCAUCGACGAGACCGACGUGGAGCCUUGCUGCUGGAUGACCUACAGGCAGCACCGCGAUGCCGAGGAGGCGCUAGACAUCUUCGAAAGCCCGGACGCAGGCGGCGGCGGCGGCGCGGGGCCCAGCGACGAGGCCGGCGACGAUGAGCGGGAGCUGGCCCUGCAGCGCUUGGGCCCCCACGAGGGAGGGGCGGGCCCCGGCGCCGGGUCCGGGGGCUGCCGCGGCUGGCAACCCCGCAUGUGGGCACUCUUCGAGGAUCCCUACUCCUCGCGGGCUGCCAGGGUGGUGGCUUUUGCCUCCCUCUUCUUCAUCCUAGUUUCCAUCACCACCUUCUGCCUGGAGACCCAUGAGGCUUUUAACAUUGACCGCAACGUGACAGAGAUCCACCGAGUGGGCAACAUCACCAGCGUGCGCUUCCGGAGGGAGGUGGAGACAGAACCCAUUCUGACCUACAUAGAGGGCGUGUGUGUGCUGUGGUUCACGCUGGAGUUCCUGGUACGCAUCGUGUGCUGCCCCGACACUCUGGACUUCGUCAAGAACCUGCUCAACAUCAUCGACUUUGUGGCCAUCCUGCCCUUCUACCUGGAGGUGGGGCUGAGCGGCCUGUCAUCCAAGGCAGCCCGGGACGUGCUGGGCUUCCUGCGGGUGGUGCGCUUCGUGCGUAUCCUGCGCAUCUUCAAGCUCACGCGCCACUUUGUGGGGCUGCGCGUGCUGGGCCACACGCUCCGUGCCAGCACCAACGAGUUCCUCCUGCUCAUCAUCUUCCUGGCCCUAGGCGUGCUCAUUUUUGCCACCAUGAUCUACUAUGCUGAGCGCAUUGGCGCCAGGCCCUCCGACCCACGAGGCAAUGACCACACCGACUUCAAGAACAUCCCCAUCGGUUUCUGGUGGGCUGUGGUAACCAUGACCACGCUCGGCUAUGGGGACAUGUACCCCAAGACGUGGUCGGGCAUGCUGGUGGGGGCACUGUGUGCUCUGGCUGGCGUUCUCACCAUCGCCAUGCCCGUGCCUGUCAUUGUCAACAACUUCGGCAUGUACUACUCCCUGGCCAUGGCCAAGCAGAAGCUGCCCAAGAAACGCAAGAAGCAUGUGCCACGGCCCGCCCAGCUCGAAUCACCCAUUUACUGCAAGUCAGAGGAGACCUCGCCUCGAGACAGCACCUACAGUGAUGCCAGCCCCCCUGCCCAGGAAGAGGGGAUGGUCGAGAGAAAGAGGACAGACUCUAAGCAGAAUGGGGAUGCCAAUGCGGUGCUAUCAGACGAGGAGGGCGCUGGCCUCACCCAGCCCCUGGCUUCCGCCCCCACCCCCGAGGAGCGCCGUGCCUUGCGACGCUCCGGCACUCGAGACAGAAACAAGAAGGCGGCUGCCUGCUUUCUGCUCAGCGCUGGGGACUAUGCCUGUGCUGAUGGCAGUGUCCGGAAAGAGACCUGCCAAGACGCACUCUCGUCCAACUAUGCCCAGGCUGAAGUCCUCACCCUCUCUUAAAGCGGCACCAACGUGAGAGAGACAGGCAGACAGACAGAAAGCCAGAGGCUUAGGGAAACUCUGGAACCCAGGCAAGAAUCUUUCACUGGCAAAGACUCAGAUAUCGUUGUUUGCACAGGACUGGUGGAAAACCUCUCAUGCAAUCCUCAGGGCCCAGAGUCAUCUGGGUCUGACAUUCUGUUCUACUGUACAUUGAAGAGAUAUAUAUGCACAUAUAGUAUCUAUAUUCAUACAUACUAUACUCUUAUGUGUGUAGUGCACGUGCUAUUGGUGGUCUAUCUUCUUUGUUAGGCUGUGUCUCCCCAAGCCCUUGCCCGAGUUUCCCAUCCCCUUCCCCUUCACUGGUUCCUUGUUUCUGCUGACCAUGUGUGUGGAAUGUCCCAGGAAAAGUGCACCUGGAAACUGCCAGUACAGCUGGGUGGUCCCAGGCUGCUCUCUCUCUUGGGGGUGUUUCCCCAACAGCAGGUGGCCUGUUGAAGUCUGUUGGAGGCCAGACUGCGCCCCCCGCCGGGUCACUGCUCCACUAGCCCCGCCCCACCCCAGAUUGGGGUUCUACCUCCCACCCUACUCCCCAGUUGUGGGUGGACUUCCAGGGGCUCCUCUGCAGCCUCCUCCACUCCCUUCUAUACCCUCUGUCCUUGACUGAGGGGACAUUUUGUCUUUUUUAUUUUUGAUUUUUUUGUUCUGUCUCCUUCAUCUGUUUGUUUUCAAAGAUGCUGCGGGGCAGACAGGCAGGGUAGGGGUCUGUAUGUCCAUCUGGCUCAGGGGUCUGAGAAGCGGAAGCCUCGGGCGAGAGGAGACCAGUUGCAAUACCAUACUUCCUAGCCGGUGGCCAGAGGAUGUGUGCAAUAGCAGAGGCCAGGUGACCCCUUCAGCCUUGGCCUCUGCCCCUCCCUCAGCCCUCCCUCCCAGCUCCUAUCCCUCCCUGUUCCUCCCUGGUGUUGGUCAGUCCUUUUCUAAAGCUAUUUCCUUGUAUGUGUCUGAGGCAUGCCCAGGGUGGG